AUGAUCAGCUGUUUGGCCAGUGUCAACUUAAUAUUAGCCUAUAUUGUUGGUCUGGCCAUCACUGGACAAAUAGGAAAUCUGUCUUCCAAAUGUGGAGAUGUCGAUUUGAGUGAAAUAUUUGGAAAAGGAGGAAAUUGUUUACAAAUAAUAACAGACGAUAUUGGGUCGUCGUCGUCGUUGUCGUCGUUUGGGUUAGAUAUGCAUCCAUAA